UCUUAAUAGCUAACCAAUGAAAAUCUAGCUCAUAUGACGUCGCCUUGUCAAUGCGGUUUAAAUGCCCGGGAAGGUCACCUUCAGUCGUCCUGUUGUUGGUGGUUUCCGCAGCUGCAGUUCGUUUAUAUUUACUUCCGAAUAACAGCUAUCUAAAAUGGCUCACUUCAGCUAUCUCUCUGAGCAACAGCAAACUGACUUGCGUAACAUUGCAGAAGCAAUUGUUGCCCCUGGCAAAGGUAUCUUAGCCGCUGAUGAAUCAACAGCAACUAUGGGCAAAAGGCUUGCUAACAUUGGAGUGGAAAAUUCUGAAGAAAAUAGGAGAAUAUAUAGACAACUGUUGUUUACUUCUGAUAAAUCAAUGGAUAAUUAUAUCAGUGGAGUCAUUCUUUUCCAUGAAACCUUAUUUCAAAAGGCUGAUGAUGGCACAAAUUUUGUAACUCUGCUCCAGAAUCGUGGAAUUAUUCCUGGAAUUAAAGUUGAUAAAGGCGUUGUAAACCUUAUGGGCACUGAGGAAGAAUCAACCACACAAGGUCUUGAUGAUUUGGCUACUAGAUGCCAGGAGUAUCAUAAAUUGGGAUGCAGAUUUGCCAAAUGGAGAUGUGUACUGAAAAUUAGGAACAACACACCUUCUCCCUUGGCAAUUCUAGAAAAUGCCAAUGUCCUUGCCAGAUAUGCAACUGAGUGCCAAAAGGCUGGAAUUGUACCUAUUGUUGAACCAGAGAUUUUACCUGAUGGAGAUCAUGAUUUGGAGCGUUGUCAGAAGGUGACUGAAAAAGUAUUAGCUGCUGUUUACAAAGCUCUUAGUGACCAUCAUGUCUACUUGGAAGGAACUUUGCUGAAACCGAACAUGGUGACUCCAGGACAAAGUUGCCCCAAGAAGUACACUCCUCAGGACAUAGCCAAGGCUACUGUUACUGCAUUGCAGAGGACUGUACCUGCUGCUGUCCCAGGAAUUACUUUCUUAUCUGGUGGACAGUCUGAAGAGGAAGCAUCUGUUAAUUUGGAUGCUUUGAACAAAUACUCUGGCAAGAAACCUUGGGCUUUAACUUUCAGCUAUGGCCGAGCCUUGCAAGCCAGUGCAUUGAAAGCAUGGUCUGGAAAAACUGAAAACAUCAAAGCUGGACAAGACGAAUUCCUUAAGAGGGCAAAGGCAAAUGGACUUGCAUGCCAGGGCAAAUACGUACCGGGAUCAAUCGAAAGCCUUGCCUCUAAAUCAUCCAACUUUGUGCCAACACAUUCCUACUAACUUUCCCCUUUUGCAUGCUUUUGGUUAAAUAUAUAUAUAUAUAUAUAUAUAUGUAUAUGUAUAUGUGUUGUUACUGACAUUGUGCCUUUACUGUUUGCAUGUUUGAGUGUAAAAAAUACCCUCUUUUGUGUUGAUACUGUGAAAUUGUAUGCAUGCAGUUGCUAAGCAUUAUUUCGUAUGCUGCUCAAGUGCCAAUUUAUGUUUUUGUUUUCCUUGCAAUCUUUAAUUAUCUUAACCCAAUCUUUAAUUUUCAUUUUCCUUUUUUCUCUGAUCACAUGUGCUUUCUUCUGUUUCUUUAUUUGCUAAAAAUAUAUAGGCCAACAGUGAAGCUUCUCUUGGAAAAUAUGGAGGUGGUGUUAGUGGAGCCGCAGCUGCAGAAACCUUAUUCAUUAAAGAUCAUGCCUAUUAAGUCAGUUUCUUGUUUCCAUUGAAUGAAAAGAAUCAAAAUUAUGUAUAUUUAAACUGGACAUUUAUGAUUUCCUAUUGUCUUUUUGUUGAAACAUGUUGAUAUCAUUUUUGCUCAGAAGUAAUUAAAUGUUUAAAGCCCAUUUUUGGAUUGUGAAUCAUUUAACAAAUUUUUCCUUAGAUGUGCCUCCUCUUUUAAAGUAGUAAACAUGUACAGCAUAACAUAUAAUUACAAUAGUUGUUGGACUAAAUUCUUUUGUCUCUUCAGGGAUGAAAUAUCUAAAUUUCAUUUGAAUUACGGUGCUAUGUAAAUUAUGCUAUUAAAACAUCCAGUCAUUAUCCAGUUAUUCCUAUUAUGAAAAACGCAUAAGCUUUUAUCCCUGAAGUGUCAAAAAUGCUUAUAAUUUGAGCAAUGAUGUUUAACUUCCAGCUUCUUAAGAUCUUAUAUAGAACAGAUUCUAUUACUAAGUUGAAGACAUUUAUAUAUUUAGAAUUCUGUGUCCAAUCUUAAUGUCUGAUUAAGUGGAAAUAUAUAAAUGUUAUAUUUUUUUCCAUUGUUACAUUAUUUUGAGAUAUCUGUUCACAGGAGAAAUAAAUAUGAAGUAUUAAU